GGGCGAGUGCGCUUGCGUGCGAGCGGCGAGUUCGCUUACUGGAGCUGCAGUGCCGGAACCUGGGGCGGUGUAGUCGUGGGUUCGAGUCCAGGGUUUUCGCGUCGCUGGUUCGUACCCCAGGCCACGAUGCUGUUCGACAAGGUGAAGGCGUUCGCAAUCCAGCUGGAUGGCGCGAGCGCCGGCGCCGAACCCGUGUUCUGCGGCGGCCAGGCCGUGGCCGGCCGGGUGCUACUAGAGCUUGCGGGCCCGGCGCGCGUGGGCACUCUGAAGCUGCGCGCGCGGGGCCGCGCCCACGUGCACUGGACCGAGUCACGCAGCGCAGGCUCGAGCACCGCAUACACGCAGACCUACAGUGAGCGUGUGGAGGUCGUGAGCCACCGUGCCACGCUGCUAGUGCCAGACACUGGAGAGACCACGAUGCUACCUCCUGGACGCCACGAGUUCCCAUUCAGCUUCCAGCUGCCCCCGACCCUGGUGACCUCAUUUGAGGGCAAACAUGGCAGUGUCCGAUAUUGCAUCAAGGCCAUCCUGCACCGACCCUGGGUCCCUGCCCGCCGGGCAAGGAAGGUAUUUACUGUCAUUGAGCCGGUGGACAUCAACACACCAGCCUUGCUGGCCCCUCAGGCUGGAGCUCGGGAGAAGGUCGCCCGAUCCUGGUACAGUAAUCGAGGCCUCGUCUCCCUUUCAGCCAAGAUCGACCGCAAAGGGUACACACCAGGUGAGGUCAUCCCCGUCUUUGCUGAGAUUGACAACAGCUCCACACGCCCAGUGCUGCCUCGGGCGGCUGUGGUCCAGACACAGACCUUCAUGGCUCGAGGCGCCCGGAAGCAGAAACGAGCUGUAGUGGCCAGUCUCUCUGGCGAGCCUGUGGGCCCUGGGCGGCGGGUGCUAUGGCAGGGCCGGGCACUGCGAAUCCCUCCUGUUGGUCCAUCCAUCCUGGACUGCCGUGUGCUGCACGUGGACUACGCCCUCAAGGUCUGCGUGGACAUCCCAGGCACAUCCAAGCUGCUCCUGGAGCUGCCGCUGGUCAUCGGCACCAUCCCUCUGCACCCUUUUGGCAGUCGCUCUUCCAGUGUGGGCAGCCAUGCCAGCUUCCUGCUGGACUGGGGGCUGGGAACCCUCCCAGAGCCACCUGAGGCCCCUCCGGAGUACUCAGAGGUGGUAGCAGAGGAGGAGGUGGCAGCUUCGGAACAGAGCCCCGUCCCGGUGCUACGGGACCACCACAUGAACCUGGAAGGCCCCUUCUUUGCCUACAUUCAGGAGUUCCGCUACCGCCCACCACCCCUGUACUCAGAGGAGGAUCCAAACCCACCCUCUGAGGCCAUGAGGCCACGCUGCAUGACCUGCUGAGGAGCAAAUGAAUACCUCGAAGGAUAGGUUUAUGCACGUGCUUCCAGCCACCGUGGACAGGGGGAGUGGCUGGGCCAAGAAGGACCAGCCUGACUGCACUGGAGUUGGGGAAACUAAGUCUCAGAAAGAGACAGGGCUGUUUCAGCACGACACAGGCUGAGGAAGAGCCAGCUGAAAUCUGACUUGUUUGGACUGGCCGUCCACAUAAGGCAUCCAAUGCCCGGCACAGGAUGUGAGACUACCUGUGCCAGCCUCUGGGAAGUACUGAGGUCCCAUGGGUUGCUAGUCUGAUGGAGACAGAGCCAGACAUAGACAUGUAUAGUCUCAUGGGACCAGAGGAAGGGACUCAGCUGGAAGAGUCCAAAGAGGAGCAGAGAAGACUGCCUACAGGAGAGGGCAUUUUAGCUGAGGCUUUGGCAUAUAGGGAAGAGCUCAACAGGCAGACAAGCAAGAGGGAGGAGAAGUCAGAGAAGGUCAGAACUGAGCUGGGUGUGAAGGCUGCCACCUUCAUCUUAGCACUGGACUGAGAGAGCAAGUGCCUUGGUCAGAGAGACACAGCAAGGUUCGACAGACGAGAUGACUCAGGACAGGUGUUCAGGGAAGCCAGUGAUAGGAGCUUAGUGGGGCAGCAGCUCCAACCUUUGAAGCCUUUGAAAACCCACUAGUGAUUCCUUGUCCAAGCUUGGAUACCUGGGGAUCCUCCAAAGACUGCAGGGCAUGAGAGAUCAAGCUAGGCCCUGGGGACAGAGGUCAGCCUGCAGUGACACAGCAGGGCUGUAGAGACCCCUGUGUCCUGGUGUGACAGGGCACGAGGGGAAAGCUGCAUAAGCUCCCAACUGCAGAGUUCUAGCCCUGGGUGGGGCAGAGUGCUGCUUGGGAGUCAGUGUUUAUGAUAAGCCUUAAAUCAUUCUCUUUUGUACAAUUACUUUUUAAAAUAAAAAUGUGGAGGAAAAGACUGGAUUUGCUGGU